AUGACUCCGCUGGGAAUAGAAAGAAAAGAAUCUUUAACCUACAUUUCUCGAAUCUCUCCACUUCAUUUCUCCCCCUCUCUACAUUGUUUCUCUUUUCUUCUUUCUAUAUGUAUAUACUCUCUAUAUCUCUUUCGCAUUUUCUUUCUUUUUCUGUUUUCCUUCCCAUCUCGUUUUCCCCACUCCAAUCAAUCUGUUGAAUUUCUUUCUUUCUCAUCUCUCCUUUUCCCCACUUUUGUCCUUUUCUUUCUCUUUUUUUUUAUUUGUCUUUUUUUUUUCUUUCGUUUUCAUCUUUCUUUUUUUUGUUACUCCCGUCUGUGUCGUUCACUUCGUUUCAUGGCUCCUAUCUCUCUGUUUUUCUCUCUUUGUCAUUUCUCUAUUUUCCAGCUUUCCCUUUCUCUUUUCUAUACGAUUCUUUCUCUUUUGCUUCUCACUUUACUUCUUUUUCUCUUUAUUUUCACCUCAUUAAACAUCUUUCAUUUAAUUUCCUUCCUUUCUAUCACACGUCUUUCGUAUCACUCAACUCUCUCUUUUACUCAUCUCUCUAUUCUCAUCUAUAAUUUUCUCUCUUAUUCCCAUUUCGCAUCUUUUCUCUCUCUUCUCCAAUCUUUUUUCUCUUUUCAAUCUCUUAUCUUCUCUAUCUCUUUUCCCGUUUUUCAUCUUCUCUCUCUGUUUCAUCUUUUAUGUCUCUAUUCCCAAGCUCUAAUCUUCGCUAUCUUUCCAGACCCUAAUCAUCUCUCUCUCUCUCUUCCUAUCUCUAAUUUUCUCUUCCUUUACCAUCACUCAUCUUUUCUCUCUGUAUCGUCUCCCACUUUUACCCUCAUCUUCUAUCGAUUCUCAUCCCACAUCUGUUUUCCCUCUCUCAAUUCUCUUUCUCUUUUCCAUUUCUCACUUUUUCUCUCUUUUCCGUCUCUGAUCUCUCUCUCUUUCUCACUCUCUCUGUCUUUAGUCUUCGCUCUCUUUAAGCUUCUCUCCCUCUUUCCAGUCCUUAAUCUUUCUCUCUUUACAGUAUCUAAUCUUUUCUUUUUUCCAAUCUUUAAUCUUCUCUCUCUCUCUUUCCAGUCCUUAAUCUUCUAUCUCUUUCUAAUCUUCAAUCUUCUCUCUCUUUCCAUCCCUGAUCUUUCUCUUUUUUCAGUGUCUAAUCUUCUCUUUCCUUCCAAUCUCUACACUUCUCUCUCUAUCUCUUUCCAGUUCCUAAUCUCUAUAAUCUUCUCUCUCUUUCCAGUCUUUAAUCUAUCUCUCUUUUCAGUCUCUAAUCUUUUCUUUCUAUUUCUAAUCCUUAAUCUCCCUUCUCUUUUUUCAGUCUCUGAUCUAUUUCUUUCUAAUCUUCAGUCUUCUCUCUCUUUCAAAUCUCUAAUCUUCUCUCUCUCUCUCUCUCUCUCUUUCCAUCUCAUCAUUUCUCUCUUUCCAGUUCUUAAUCGUCUCUCUCUUUACCAUCGCUUAUUUCCUCUCUCUAAUCUUUUCUCUUGCCAUCUCUUAUUUUCUUUCUCUCUUUCUCGUUCGCCAUUUUCCCUCUGCUUCAUCUCUCAUUUCCCUCUUUCUUGUCUCUAUUCUUCUCUUUCUUUCCAGUGCCUAAUCUCUCUCUUUUCAACCUCUUAUCUUCUCUCUCUCUCUUCUUCGUUCCUCGUCUUCUCCCUCUAUUUCAUCAUUCGUCUCUCUCUUUCCUUCUCUAAUUUUCUCUCUCUUUAUCAUCUCUCAUCUUCUCUACAUUCUUAUUCCACAUCUUUUGCCAUCUCUCAUCUUGUCUUCAUCUCCCUGUCUCUCGUUUCCGUCCCACAUAUUGUCCCUCUAUUCUAUCUCUCUUUAAAGUCUGUAAUCUUUCUUUCUUUCCUGUCUCUAAUAGUCUCUCUUUCUUUUCUUCUCUCUCUCUUUCCCGUCUCUCAUGUUAUCUUUCUCCUUCCAAACAUUCAUCUUUUUCUUAACCCUCAUUUUCUCUCACUUUGGCCUCUCUCUCAUUUUCUCUUCCUUCCCCUCUCUAAAUCUCAGUCUCUCUCCCCCUUAACUCUCAUUUCCCAAACCCUGUUUCUCUCUUCUCUCUCUCUUUCUCUCUCUUUUAAAUUAUACUAUGUGAAGCAUCUCUUCCGCAUUAUCUAUCUAUCUAUCUAUCUAUCUAUCUAUCUAUCUAUCUAUCUAUCUAUCUAUGUUCAUUUCUUUCUUUCUAUUUCAUUAUAUUCAUUAUCUAUCUAUCUAUCUAUCUAUCUAUCUAUCUAUCUAUCUAUCUAUCUAUCUAUCUAUCUAAUAUUCUAUCUAUCUAUCUAUCUAUCUAUCUAUCUAUCUAUCUAUCUAUCUAUCUCAGAUACGUCAUUAUCUAUCUAUCUAUCUAUCUAUCUAUCUAUCUAUCUAUCUAUCUAUCUAUCUAAGUUUGUCCAUUUCAUUCAUUCAUUCAUUCAUUCAUUCUUUCUUUCUUUCUAUUUCAUUAUGUUCAUCUAUCUAUCUAUCUAUCUAUCUAUCUAUCUAUCUAUCUAUCUAUCUAAGUUUUAUUCUAUCUAUCUAUCUAUCUAUCUAUCUAUCUAUCUAUCUAUCUAUCUAUCUAUCUAUCUAUCUAUCUAUCUCAGUCACUUCCUUAUCUAUCUAUCUAUCUAUCUAUCUAUCUAUCUAUCUAUCUAUCUAUCUAUCUAUCUAUCUCAGAUACGUCAUUAUCUAUCUAUCUAUCUAUCUAUCUAUCUAUCUAUCUAUCUAUCUAUCUAUCUAUCUAUCUAUCUAUCUAUCUAUCUAAGUUUGUCCAUUUCAUUCAUUCAUUCAUUCAUUCAUUCAUUCUUUCUUUCUUUCUAUUUCAUUAUGUUCAUUAUCUAUCUAUCUAUCUAUCUAUCUAAGUGUGUCCAUUUCUUUCAUUCAUUCAUUCAUUCAUUCAUUCUUUUCUUUCUUUCUUUCUUUCUUUCUUUCUAUUUCAUUAUCUAUCUAUCUAUCUAUCUAUCUAUCUAUCUAGCUAGCUAG